GGCUUCCCCACCCCCAUCCGAACGGGGCUCAGGGGCUUCCUAGACCACCUGCGCUGGGGGCAGUGGGAAGGGGGUGGAGCAAGGGGCCUGGGGCCAUGUGAGAUCACGUGGCAUCCACCACCUCCGUCCCAGGACCCCAGCUUGGGGCCAGCUGCCAGGGUCCCAAGGCAACUCCCUUGGGGAGCAGAGGGAUGGCCCCACCAGCUGCCUCUGGGGGGUGGCAGGUGGGGGGGAAGGUGCCAAGGCCACCCACCUGCAGGGAAGAGACCCGGUCUCACCAGACACAUCUGAGGCUCCACGGCAGCCCCGGGGAGGACCUGCUACUGGAAUGGCUAAUCCGGCGCCUCCAGCAGCCAAUCACAGAGCCCUGCAGCCAAUACCUGGGAGAGGUCUCCCAUGGCCCAGCCCCAGCCUGGCCCCAGGCAGCCCCAGUGACCCAGACACCCACAGCCUCCAGAAGGCGCUGAGCAGCAGGCCGACGAUGGCGGUCCCGGCGUCCCCGGCCUGCCUCCGGCCGGGGCUGCUCCUGGCCCUGCUGGUGGCGGUGGCCUCGGCGGCCCAGCAUCCCCGUCUGCUGAGCCUACUCACCUCCAGUCAGGGCGCUCUGGACCGGGAGGCGCUGGGCGGCUUGUUAAAUACGCUAGCGGCCCGUGUGCACUGCGGCGGGCCGUGUGGAAAGUGCCCGUCUGUGGAGGAUGCCCUGGCCCUGGGCGAGCCCGAGGCACCGGGGCGGGCCCUGGAGUCCCGGCACAUCGCCCGCCUCAGCGCGGCAGCCACCCUCUUCCUGAGCAACCCGGAGGGCACCUGUGCCGACAUCCGGGCUGGCCGCUGGGCCGCCCGCGCCGAUGGACUCCUGGCCCAGCUCGAGGGCCCCGGUGCCCUGACCCUGGGCCUGAGCCAGCUGCUGCAGAGGAUCGAGGACCCCAUUGACCGCCAGGCCACUGGGGAGGAGGCCUGCACAGGUGUCCCUCAGCUGCUGGAGGAGGUGGUGGGGGCAGGGGCCCCCGGCAACCCUGGCGCGGCCCUGGCCGCCCUGCUGGACCACGCCAGGAGCGGGUCCUGCUUCCGCGCCCUGCCGGGCCCCCAGUACUUCGUGGAGUUUGUGUUCCGGCACCACAGCAGUGAGGCGCCCAACCUCACCCUGGCCGAGCUGGAGACGCUGAUGCACACGCUGGGGCUGGGUGCAGAGGCCCACAGUGACCACAGGAGGCUGGGCAGGGCGGCCAGCCCCCAGGAGCCUGGUGCUCUCAACAGCAGCUCCCACGAGUGGGACGUGGCGUGCCUGAGUGCCAGGGACGUGAUGGCCGUGUACGGGCUGUCGGAGCAGGAGGGGGUGAGCCCCGAGGGAUGGGCCCAGCUGAGCCCCGCCCUGCUCCAGCAGCAGCUGAGCGGGGCCUGCAGCCCCCAGCCCACCACCUCCACCAAGGACCAGCUCAGCCAGAGCGAGCAGUACCUGUACGGCUCCCUGGCCACGCUGAUCAUCUGCCUGUGCGCGGUCUUCGGCCUCCUGCUGCUGAGCUGCACCCACUGCAGCGUGGCCACCCACUACGUGCUGCAGACCUUCCUGAGCUUGGCCGUGGGCGCGCUCACGGGCGACGCCCUCCUGCACCUGACGCCCAAGGUCCUGGGCCUGCACACGCACGGCGAGGGGGACCACGCUCACGGCCACACGGACAGCGAGGGGGAUGGCGUCGGCUCGGAGCCCACCUGGCGCCUCCUGGCCGUGCUCGGCGGCCUCUACGCCUUCUUCCUGUUGGAGAAUCUCUUCAACCUCUUGCUGCCCAGGGACCCCGAGGACCCAGAAAAGGACGCACCCUGCAGCGGCGGCCACGGCCACGGCCACGGCGUGUCCCUGCAGCUGGCCCCCAACCAGCUCCGGCAGCCCAAGCAGCCCCAUGAGGGUUCCCGCGCUGACCUGGUGGUGGAGGACAGCCCAGAACUGCUGAACAGGGAGCCACGGAGGCCCGCUCCAGGCCUGAGGCUGCUGCCCUAUCUGAUCACGCUGGGCGACGCCGUGCACAACUUUGCCGACGGGCUGGCCGUGGGCGCCGCCUUCGCAUCCUCCUGGAAGACGGGGCUGGCCACCUCGCUGGCCGUGUUCUGCCACGAGCUGCCCCACGAGCUGGGGGACUUCGCGGCCUUGCUGCACGCCGGGCUGACCGUGCGCCGCGCGCUGCUGCUGAACCUGGCCUCGGCCGUCACGGCCUUCGUGGGACUCUACGUGGCGCUCUCGGUGGGAGUCGGCGAGGAGAGCGAGGCCUGGAUCCUGGCGGUGGCCACCGGCCUCUUCCUCUACGUGGCGCUCUGUGACAUGCUCCCGGCCAUGCUGAACGUCAGGGACAAGAGGCCCUGGCUCCUCUUCCUGCUGCACAACGUGGGCCUGCUGGGCGGCUGGACCAUCCUGCUGCUGCUCUCGCUGUACGAGGACGACAUAACCCUCUGAGACCCCGGCCCGGUCUCCGGCCCCGGCCCUGCCCUGUGUCCAUGCCCCGUCUCGUCCCUGACCUUGUCCCCCCGCCCGGUCUCCGGCCCCGGCCCUGCCUUACUGCCUUGUGCCGCUUCGGUCUCUGGCACCAUGGCAACCUUGAGCCCUGGGCGGCUGAAAAGCCCCUGGUCUGCAGGCGUCCACUCCCCCCCACCCCGCCCCGCUGUGCC